CAAUGCCUUCUCGGGUUUUGUUUAUUGUAGACAAGAAUGUUUUCUUUCGAAGUUAUGCAUCAUAUAGAUACGUUCUCGUUGUUUAAUUCAAGCGUUUGCUUCACAUAAAGCUAUAUUGUUUCACUAUCAGAUACAAUUUAUUCAGCUGGAUGUUCUUUCUUAUGCAAUGGAAAGAUGCCAGGAAAGCCUUCAGAAUUUGUAAGAAGCCAGGAAAAACUUUUGAAAAACCUGCUCAGUGUUUUAAAUCAUCCACCAAAGCCACAUGUGUUAGCUGACAGUGAAAAUGAUGCUAAAUCAGAGAAAGAUUCAGAGGAAUUCAGUGAGAGAAAAUGUUUGGAGAAAUUCAAGACGACAUAUCAAAGCACUAGGGUAUUCUCAACCCAUGCUUGCAGUAAUUAUUUUAACCAGAUUUUUGAGGGACUGGUGACAUAUCGUCUGGCUUACAAAGAAUGGAUAUCUUUGGCAUCAAGGGAGAACGUCUUACGAUUGUUUGCAUGUCUUCGUAUUUUACUGCGAGAUUCUACAUAUCAGAGACUAUUUUUCGAGCUUGGUGCUAUCAAAACACUUGCACAGAUGUUACAAGAUUUGACAAAGGAUUAUUUUGAUGAUACUGAUGACGAAUAUACUGUGGAUAUCUUGAAAGAAAUGACAAAUAUUUGUCAAAAACUACCAACUGAUGACAAGAAACGCGAAUGGCUGAUAGGAUGCGGUGUGCAUAAGCCUUUGGUUAUGUUAGUUUCUGCAAGAGAUGUUAUGAUUGUUCAAUGCUCUCUUUCUGCUCUAAUUGGUUUAUGUGAAAGUGAGAAAGAGACGUCAAGUGAUGCAUCCAAGGCUGCUAUUGGGGAGUUGAACUGCACCGAAAUCUUACUUCGUAUUGUUGAGAACUAUGAGAUGCCUUUGAAAAAACUCUCUGCAAACCUACUGAGGAUACUGUGUUCCAAUGUAAAUGUAAGGGAACAAGUGAAAUUAUAUAAUGGAAUUCGAACAUGCUUAAGCUUGCUCAAUUCAGACAAUGUAAAAUUUUUGUGGUACUUGGUGUGGAUUAUCAUUCAGUUAUCUGAAGAGCAAGACUCCAGUGAUGACGUUCGUUUACUUGGAGGAAUACCAUUUUUAUUAAAUCUACUUCAUAAAGAGGGAAUGUUCAAUGACGAUCAAAAUGUUUUUGAGAAAUCAAGUGAAUCCGAUUUUAAAAACUCAUCUCAGGUUGAUGGCAAUAGUACUGCUGAAAUAUUGUCACUUAAGUCAGCUGUCUGCACAGCUCUUACAGAACUAUCACUGAAUGAUGCAAAUGCCCAAGAAAUAAUUCAGUCAAAUGGUCUGUUCUUGCUGAGUUCUCUUAUCGUUUAUACGACACCUGGCAAAACUGUUUUGUUGGAAGAAGAAAAAACAUUUGAAAUGAAGAAGAGUGCAUUGAGGGCUCUUCGAUAUCUCUUCAGUAUGGAAAGAAAUCGUCAACUGUUUAAAAUUCUUUUUCCUCCUGAAAUCUUUGAACAAUUCAUUGAUGUUGGUCAUUAUGUUCAAGAUCUUAAUGCAUAUCAAUCAUUGGUGGAGAAAAUUGGAAAUCUUUCGGAUGACCAGUUGAGUUUAAUGACUUCAAACAUUGAGGCGACAAAUAGAAAACGCGCUCCUUCACGCACCGUUGGUUCUUAUGCAGUUUUAGAACUUCUUGGAUCUGGUGCAUUUGGUAGUGUUUAUAAGGUGUGUAAGAAAAACGGUGAUGGAACAUUCUUUGCCAUGAAGGAAAUAUUACUCACUAAUCCUAAUCUUGGAAAAACUACAUCUGAAAGAAACAAGAGUUCAGGAAAUAUCAUUCAAGAAACAAAGUUUCUAAAAGAGCAGUUGAAUCAUCCUAAUGUUGUAAAGUACGUAAAAGCAUUUCAUCAAUCAAACACCUUGUAUGUAAUUAUGGAAUACAUUGAUGGAGCACCUCUUACUGAGCAUUUUAAUUCACUAAAAGAAAAAGAAAAGUUUUUAGAAGACAGAAUAUGGAAGAUAUUUAUUCAGAUCAUUCUUGGAUUACGAUAUCUUCAUAAGGAGAAACAUAUUGUCCAUCGAGAUCUCACGCCAAACAAUGUGAUGCUUGGCUUAAAUGAUAAAGUAACAAUAACUGACCUAGGUUUAGCAAGACAAAAAUUGCCUGAUGCAAGUGAACUCACGUCUGUCGUUGGAACAAUGUUGUAUUGGUGUCCUGAAAUUCUUCAACACUUGCCGUACGGUGAAAAAGCAGAUAUUUGGGCAGCUGGUUGUCUACUUUAUCAAAUGGCCACUCUUGAUCCGCCGUUUUAUUCUUCUAAUCUUUUACAAUUGGCCACUAAGAUUGUGGAAGCUGAUUACGAAGAAAUUCCUAAAGGCACUUACUCCGAAAAACUGGUUUUGACAGUAGAAAGAUGCAUAACUCGUGACCCAAAAAACCGACCGGAUGUUAUAGAGGUUGGCUCCAUUAUCAGUGACGUGUUAAUGAAAUACACUGAUCAACUAAGGAUAGCCGAACUCAGCCUGCAAAAGAAAUUAACACAUGAGCGUAAGAGAACGCAAAGGCAUUGGAACGAGGCAAACACAAACAUGAAGAACUAUCAUCGUUUAUUCUGGGCAAGUCAAGAACGUUCCGAUAAAAUGAAGGUUGAAUCAAGCAGUUCAGGAUAUCAUAGCCUGAAUAAUGAGGAUAGUGAGAUUACUCUAGAUGCUGUCGAAAUGCUGAGGAAGACAACUUCGACAGAACUUGGUCAAGGAAAUUCUUCCAAAAUCACCAAUCCCCAUGUUGAGGCGUGUAGCUCAAGUAGCAGCGAGGAUAUUUUUUGCAAAACAUGAAAAUGAGAGCAAUCUCAGAAGUGAAGAUGAAAUUUCUGAUUUGCCGUAUUCCCCAGCACGACAUAAAUAUAGCAGACGCCCACUGGCAUUGGAUCUUUCUUCCAUAAACAGUAAAGCUGUACCAAGUCUUAUCUCACCAACCUUAUCUCCAGAUCCAACGAAACGAAGGACACAGUCCAGUUCAUCAGUGGAGAUGGGAAGAAGACGUGGCUCUAUGCAACAAAAAACAAGGCCACCCACGGCAGCGGCCACCUUAACCAUCUCAC